AUGAGGGAAUCUCUCUCUGAGUCAGUCUUCAUUCGCUCUGACUGCACUGGGUUUAUUCACCUCAUCUCAUCUGACCGCUUGGUUUUCACUGCAGCUGAGAGGAUGCAGGUUCGAGUGCUGCUGAUCCUGAUUCUCAUAUCAGUAUUAAUCACACAUGCUAAAGUGGACAACUUCACAUGUGAAGCUCCAGCUGAUAUCGUGAUGCUGGUGGAUGGAUCGUCGAGUAUCAGCCCUUUAAACUUUAAAACUGUGAGGAGCUUUCUGGAAAGGUUUGUCAGGUCCUUUACGGUUGGAUCAAACCAAACACGCAUUGGUUUGGUGCAGUACAGCAAUGAUCCAAAGAUCGAGUGGCAUCUGAACACACACAGCACUAAAGAGGCUGUGAUCGACGCUGUGAGGAAACUACUCCAAGUAGGAGGAGGCACACAAACAGGUUCACACACACUCACACACACAUUGGUAUUUGUGGUUUACAGGGACUCUCCAUAGGCGUAAUAGUUUCUAUACUGUACAAACCGUAUAUUCUAUCGCCCACAACAACUCUACACUUAAACCU